CGUGAACGCGCACUCCUCUGGCAGGAGCGACAGUCGCGCGCUCCCGUGCGUUCGCAAUAGAAAACAAAGCUAUCCGUGCGCUUCCAUUACAGCUAGCGGGGCAAACCCAAGCACACAGCUCUCACUGCAUGCACACCCAAGAUGGGUUUGCAGCUCAUCUGAGGGCCUUUGAAAGCGGGGACUGUUGUGAGGACAGCCAGCCAGCUGAAGUCAGCGAAACGUUUCGGGGUUUUUCCCCGGACUGCUUUUGUUUCUUAGCCGCGGCUAGCAGCACAGCCACAAUCAUUGUCAUUUCUGCUGCGAGCUGCUGAAGGAAAACAUAUCGCCAUGUUGUUGUCGGAGGGGCUCAGUGAAUAAGGCGAAACCGUGAGCGUGUGGAGGUGAUAAUCUCGUCGUUAGAGCCGAACCCGAGUCCUCAGCCGCUGCCUGCCUGACUGACUGACCGACAUGGCGGAGCAGAGCUACUCCUGGGCGUACUCCCUUGUCGACUCCAGCCAGGUGUCAACCUUCCUCAUCUCCAUCCUCCUCAUCGUUUAUGGCAGCUUCAGGUCAUUAAACAUGGACUGCGAGAACCAGGAGAAGGACAAGGAUGGAAACCCCACCAACACUGGCUCCUUCAACAAUGCCAACUCUAACAACAGUAUUCAGACCAUAGACUCCACACAGGCGCUGUUCUUGCCCAUCGGAGCCUCCGUGUCUCUGCUCGUCAUGUUUUUUUUCUUCGACUCCGUUCAGGUGGUGUUCACCAUAUGCACUGCAGUUCUAGCUACCAUCGCGUUUGCAUUCCUCUUGCUGCCAAUGUGCCAGUAUCUGACCAAACCCUGCUCCCCACAGAACAAGAUCUCGUUCGGUUGCUGUGGCCGCUUCACGUUGGCGGAGCUGCUGUCGUUUUCCCUCUCUGUCAUGCUGGUUCUCAUCUGGGUGCUGACGGGCCACUGGCUGCUCAUGGACGCUCUUGCCAUGGGUCUCUGUGUGGCCAUGAUCGCAUUUGUGCGGCUGCCUAGUCUCAAGGUGUCGUGCCUGCUGCUGUCAGGCCUCCUCAUCUAUGAUGUGUUCUGGGUCUUCUUCUCCGCCUACAUCUUCAACAGCAACGUGAUGGUGAAGGUGGCGACGCAGCCUGCCGACAACCCCCUCGACGUGCUCUCACGCAAGCUGCAUCUGGGCCCCGGCGUGGGUCGGGACGUCCCCCGCCUCUCCCUGCCCGGAAAGCUGGUGUUCCCAAGCUCCACCGGCAGCCACUUCUCCAUGCUGGGCAUCGGCGAUAUCGUCAUGCCGGGCCUGCUGCUGUGCUUCGUACUCCGAUACGACAACUAUAAGAAACAGGCCAACGGAGAAGUGCCCGGUUCUGUCAACAUGUCCGGCCGCAUGCAGCGGGUUUCCUACUUCCACUGCACCCUCAUUGGUUACUUUGUUGGUCUGUUGACUGCAACCGUGGCCUCUCGUAUUCACCGCGCGGCCCAGCCUGCCCUCCUGUACCUGGUGCCCUUCACCCUGCUGCCUCUGCUCACCAUGGCCUACCUGAAGGUGUGUCUGUUUGCACCAACACCAGAAUCUCCACAGGGAUGCUAGUGCCUCAUUUCUAGG